GCGCGCGUAAGCGAGCGCGCGGCAGGGCGGCCAGGGAAGGUCUGCGAGGCGCGUGCGGGCGGACAGGCGAACGGGCGGCGCUAGGGCUCGUCUCCCGCUUGCGGUCCGGGUGGGCGCUUGCUGGGCUCCUGCGAGAGGUGACCCACUACUUAGGCAUGGGACACCGGCCCCUUCCCCACUUCCUGUGAUUGAGCCAGCGGCUGGGGUUACUGUGGGGAUGCCUGUCCAUCACCAGAAGUCAGACUCUUGGGAGAUGGACCCUGACUUGUUGCCCGGCUGCAGGCUCGGUGACCUGAGCAGAGGGAGCAGUCUGGAGAGUCGGACCAGCAGCUCUCGUUCCAGAAGUCUCACUCUGGAUGAUGAGAGCCUGAAGUACCUCACACAUGAGGAAAAGGACGUCCUCCUGUUUUUUGAAGAGACGAUUGAUUCCCUGGAAGGCGACUUUGAGGAGCAGGUGCUGUGUGAUGGUGAUGCUCAGGGCCACUCUCCGCGGUCUCUGGAAGAGAGCGCUUCUGGUCCCUCCGAGCCAGAGGAUGUCGUGGACUUAGUGCAGCUGGGCCCUGGAGCCGGGGAACCCGAGAGCCCUCGGGAUAUGACGGAGGCAGCAGGGGCUGGCGCUGUUGGAAAGGAAGACACCCGUGUCCUCAGGAAAGAGGAUGCUGAGAAGUCUCCCCCCCCAGACCCCCCAGGUCCCGAGGCCCUGCCCCUGCCGCCUCCCUGCCCUGUCCCCGCAGCAGCCCCGGCCCACCCCGGGAGAGAGCCCCCUUCUCCUCCAGCAGAGCACCCCAAACUGGCCCGCUCGGUCCCCACUCCGCUCGUCAUCGCCCAGAAGAUGUCUGAGAAGCUGGCAGGGAACGAAGGGCUCUCGCCCACAUCCCCGACCAAAGAGGGCAGGCCUGCAGGAUGGAGGACGCUGACUUCCGUGGCCCCUCGACACGGAGAACACUCGCUGUGGCACAGACACGCCGCACAGCCGGCGCCCAAGAUCCACCGCUUCCCAAGCAACAUCAGCGUGACCAACAGCGCGGGGAAGGCCUUCAAUAAGACCAUCUCCAAGGCCGCGGUCAACGUGCAGGAGCGCAAAGCCCAGGUCCUGGCCAACAUCAAUGGGGUCUCCUUCCUCUCCGUGGGGGAAACGGAGGACCAGGCCCAGAGGAGCGAGCCCGCCGAGCAGAGGAGAAGUGUCUCCCCGGAGCAGAGCCAGCCGGGCCCGGCCCGGGAGGCUGUUCCCGCGCGGGCAGGGGCGCACGGCGGCCAGCAGUCCAGAGGCGUGCAGACAGAACAGCCCCUGCCGAUGGCCAACGGCUUCCAGAGCCUCCACGACAUCCUCAAGAGCCAUCCCGGGCCCUUUGUCUCUACAGGGAAGACGGUCACCUUCCGUCCGGACCCGGCCCUCCCCAGCAAACUUGCGCCCCGGCAGCCGGACUGCGGCCAGGACGCCAGGAAGCGGUCGGGCUCGCUCCCCCGGGCUGUGGGGUUCAGACCCCAGGGCAUCACUGUCCAGUUCUCGGGCCGCGGCUCCACGGAGGAGGCCCGUCGGGAGGCCCUGCGGAAGCUCGGCCUCCUGAAGGAGAACUUGUGACGGAGAGUGGGCCGCGCUGGGGGAGUUAGGGUGACCAGGUACGUGUGGCCGAACGUGGAUGUGCGCAUGCGCACAGCGCAGUAGCAAAGCCCGGACUGCGGAACCCCGUGGAGGACGAGCGAUGGGGGCCCGGGAGUCAGCAGACUGGCUGCCCCGCUCUGGCCCGCAUCCGAGCUGGGACAUACUUCCGAACGAGAGCGUCCCGCACCACAUCUUCCCGUUUCCAAGAGCUCGGAGAAUAACCUUGAACACCUACAGGUUUCAGUGAUUUGUAAAUGCCUUAUGUGUUUUGGAUCUAGGAGGAGGGGGAUUGGGUCUGAUUUUUUUGUUAUUGAGUCUCUAAUCUAACCUUUUAUCCGAAGUGCAUGACACGAAAGCCACUUUAGAUCUCUCAUACUCGUUUCUCUAAGAAAGGGACCGUUCCCUCCUUUCCAACAAAAUAAAGAAGUGCUUGUUCAAUUUU